AUGGGCGCCAUCAUCUCCUCGAUCCAGUCAACUGUCUCAACCGUAUCAUCGGUUCUGAAAACCUUCUCAGCUCUACAUACUCAAUUCUCAUCCCUCCUUGUUCGGGCUUCAUCCCCACCUAGCCUACCCGUCCCCGCACCAACCCGCUCAUACUGGCUUGACGACCCGCCGUUUCCUAAGCUACGCGGCAUUCAAACGGUGGCCAAGUCACUUCUGGAGUUGUCUGGAGAGCUGAGGGUUGUUGUAUGCGACGCUAGGGAGCUGUGUAGUGGUGCCACGGGUAGGAAUGGCGGACACAUCAAGUCCACGCCGUACGAGGUUCUUGCAAUGUUCCGCGCCAAGAUGGGACCAGAGAAGGCGACCAAGCUGGCGAGAUUUCAGAGGAGUCAUCUGGAGAUCUUGAAACAGGUUGGAGAGAGGGUGCCGCAGGGUGAGGUGAGAGAAGUGCAGACGGUGGAUCUGUUUACUGAGAAGGAUGAUUUCGAAAAGGCGCAACGAGAGGUUGAGGAGAUGAAGGUUUGGAUGCCAGAGGAAAAGGCCUUUGUCUUGGAGGCGGAUGAGGUUAGAAAAGAGUUUGGCGUCAACGAGCUUAUUGUAGGGGGUAUAUCCUACUCAGCUGGCGCUCUCUGGCCAUAUCGUCUUGUUACUGGUGUGUGGAAUGAUCUGCUCGAUCGAUUUUCCACUCUGAGCAUUCACACCAACACACCCGUCGAGAGUGUCUCGCAAGAAUUAGGAUCGUCACCGUACGCUUACACGGUCAAGACACCUCACGGAACACUCAAGACACGACAUGUGAUCCAUGCAACCAACGCAUACGCUCCUCAUCUCGUUCAAUCGCUUCGCGGGAGUCUCACCGGCGCCUUGGCACACAUGUCUGCUCAGCGCCCAGGAGCAUCAUUCCCAUCGUCGCACGGAGGACGGUCGUGGUCUAUUGUCUACAACCCGGGUUUUGACUAUGUGACGCAGAGACCGGAUAAUUCAGAUGGCACACCGGGGGAUUUGAUGAUUGGAGGGGGGUUCUUUAGGAGCCGUCAGCAGGGAUUGGAUCAAGUUGGAGUUUGGGAUGAUAGCCAGGUGCAUGCCCUCCCGCUGACGCACAUCCGGGGUGUUAUGCCAGCUAUAUUUGAGCCUCAAUGGGGCGGAAAAAGCAAACUUGUCAAGGCUUGGACGGGUAUUUUGGGCUUUACAGGAGAUCUGAUGCCCCUAGUCGGCCGAGUUCGUCCUUCAAAGGACAAGAACUCGGGAGAAUGGGUUGCCGCUGGCUUCAAUGGCGAGGGCAUGGUUUGGGCUUGGCUAAGCGGAACAGCUCUGGCGAUUAUGGUUCUUGGCAUGGAGGAGGAAAAUCUGGAGGAGGGUAUUGGAAGACCUGGGGGAAAGUUGGAUGAGUGGUUUCCGAGGGAGAUUUUGGGUGUUGAUGGGGGGAGGUUGAGGAGGGCGGAUGUCGCGAACCUGGCCGACUUUGUCAGUUAA